AUGGCUGGUGUUUCUUCAGGCUCUGACUCCAGAAGAGGGAAGUUAGAAGGCAACGUGGAGAGAAAUACAGCUUUCCCCCUGUUCGCUGGCAAUCACAGCCACGCCAACAGCACUUGCUCCCGUGACAAUGUUUUGAAGAAUGUGGUUUUUCCCAUUCUCUACUCCUUUCUUUUCCUGGUGGGAAUGUCACUCAAUGGUCUGGCAGUGUGGAUAUUUCUUCGCAUCCCCUCGCAGUCUCACUUCAUCAUAUACCUGAAGAAUAUUGUGGUUGCAGAUGUCAUCAUGACCUUCACAUUCCCUUUCAAGGUGUUGUCAGACUCCAACAUGGCGUCCAUUGGCCUACGGAUAUUUGUGUGUCGAGUUUCCUCCGUGCUUUUCUACCUCAGCAUGUAUAUCAGCAUCCUCUUCUUUGGCCUGAUCAGCAUUGAUCGCUGCAGAAAGACCCUUAACCCAUUUAAGGGCACUAAUUCAACUCGGCUGAAACAUCGAAAACUCCUUUCGGGGGCCAUCUGGACUUUCCUCGUAAUUCUCUGUCUUCCCAAUGUAAUCCUAACAAGUAAAACCCCGACUUCUCGAUAUUUCCAGUGCAGCAAACUGAAGACAGAGGGGGGGCUACGUUGGCAUGAGAUAGUAAAUCAUAUCUGUCAAGUGAUUUUCUGGGGCAACCUGUUAACUGUGAUAGUUUGCUACACUCUAAUCACCAAAGAGCUGUACCGUUCCUACUCUCGCACAAAGUCUCACAGCACCGGAGGCUCGAUAUCUCAAGCUGCAAGUCGGGGAACAGUUAGAAAGCCUCACAAGGCCAAAAGAAAAAUGAAUGCAAAUGUGUUCCUGGUUCUGGCAGUGUUCUUUGUGUGCUUUGUGCCAUUUCACUUUGCCCGAGUGCCAUACACAAUAAGCCAGACCCGAGCCAAAAGCUUUGACUGCAAACUCAAGCUCUUCUUCUUUCAGCUGAAGGAAAGUACACUUUUCCUCUCAUCCCUGAAUUCUGUCCUGGAUCCUCUCAUCUACUUCUUUCUCUGUAAGUCCUUCAGGACCACUCUGUUUAAUACCCUGCACCUACGUCCUGGUACUUGUAGCUGGCUAACAGGAAGCGGAUCAGAUACCGACAUGUGCAGCUCCCCUCAGGGAAACUCCACUGCUAGUACAUAAAAUCACUGGACCUGAGAAAGACAUGAAGGCAUUUAUGAUGACGUAUAGUAAAAAAGUCAACUAAAUCCAAAUUCAACUGUAUGACAUGCUGCAAGGGACAGAUAUAGUGAUCUAAAGCCUGUCACUGGCUGUAGAAGAGUAAGCCAUAUUUGUCUUUAUUACCAACUUAUAAUAUUACAAAAAUACUAAUAGCAUUAAACCAUAUAUUUGAUUUUACACUGUCUUUGAAAACAAUGUGAAUCAGCAUUACCACAAUGAGAAGCUGAAACGAAUCAACACAUGUUCGCAGUGUUGCCGAUGUUUGCUUUUCUAGUCUUCUUCUCUGUCACUUUUUCUUACUUCUUCUUUCUACUUCUGUUGAAGUUGGACAUAACAUUUUGGGGAUUUUUUUUUAUUCUCACACUGUCAACAAAAGAAGAAUU